ACAGCAGCGAACAGGAGAGGAGAGGAGAGGAGAGGAGCAGAGGAGGAGGAGGAAGGACGGACUGUGUCCCCUUCCGACAGCUGGGAUUAUACUUUGCAGCAUCCCAUCGUUUCAACAUGCCUUUGGGGAGUAAAAGACUCGCUGGGAUUACUGCGCUGGUCGCCUCGCUGCUGCUCGGCUCCUGUGGGACAGGUGGAGAAGAAGUAUGUGACAGCCCACUGGUGACCAAUCUGCCGCCGUCUUCAUUCAGAAGCUCCUCCCAGCUAACCAGCAGCCAUGGGCCGGUCUUUGCCAAGGUCAACAGGAGAGAAGGAGCUGGAGGUUGGUCUCCUCUUGUCUCAGACAGAUACCAGUGGCUGGAGGUGGAUCUGGGGAAGCGGACCCAAAUCACUGCGGUUGCCACGCAGGGACGCUACGGCAGCUCCGAUUGGCUGACGGGGUACCUGUUAAUGUUCAGCGAUACGGGACACAACUGGAGACAGCACCGGCAGGAAGACAGCUUAGGGGCUUUUCCAGGUAACAGUAAUGCAGACACAGUGGUCCAGUACAAACUCAAACAGCCGGUGAUAGCCCGCUACCUCCGUCUGAUUCCUCUGGACUGGAACCCCACUGGGAGAAUCGGACUCAGACUGGAGAUAUAUGGAUGUCGAUACACUUCUGACGUGGCUCACUUCGAUGGCAGCAGCAGCGUGAUCUACAGGCUGAGUGUGAGACCGAGCUGGAUGGCGAUGGAGGUCAUCUCUCUGAAGUUUAAAACCCUGAAGAAUUCUGGGACUCUGCUCCAUGCAGAGGGACAGAGAGAUCACAGCCUCACUCUGGUGUUGGAGAAAGGACGGCUGCUGCUCUACCACCAACAAGGUGUGAGUUCAUCCUCUAGCGGGCAGCUUCUUGUUUCUCUGGGAAGUCUGCUAGAUGACCAGCACUGGCACCAUGUAAAGCUGGAGCGGCUCAGCACUCACCUCAACCUCACGGUGGAUAAAAACACUCAUCAGGUUCAUGUACCAGCUGAGCUCAGCCACUGGGACAUUCACCAGUUAAGUCUGGGAGCUGUCCAGAGCCAUGGACUGCAGAAACCCAUCCUGUCCAACAGGAACUUCCACGGCUGCCUGGAAAAUCUGCUUUACAACGACCUCAACCUGAUAGACCUGGCUAAAAGGAACAACCACCAGGUCUUUGUCGUGGGCAAUGUGACCUUUUCUUGUGCUGAGCCAGUUUCAGUCGCUGUGACGUUCACUGACUCCCAGAGCUUCCUCCAGUUGCCAGCACUGAGAUCAUGGUGGUCAGGGGUUGUUUCUGUGGCGCUACAGUUCAGGACGUGGAACAAGGCGGGACUUCUCUUGACAUUUGACCUCCCACAGCAAGAGGGCACAGUCUGGCUGUACCUGAGUGAGGCCCGACUCCGCCUACAGAUCAAUAAGGCUGGCAGGGCCCAACUGGAGCUCAGUGCAGGCUCAGGUCUGAAUGACGGUCAGUGGCAUUCUGUGGAGCUGAACUCCAGACAAGAUCAUCUGAGCAUCGCAGUGGACAAAGACGAAGGAGCCACAGCUCACACCAGCAUCCCACUUCCUCUAACCGCAGAUAGUCAACUAUUCUUCGGUGUUCAGAGAGGCAGUGUAGGGGCUCGUGUGUUACAGUUGCCAUCCUGUGGUCUGUCUCUCAGGUGCUCCCCCAGUCACUGUGAACAUGGAGGUAGAUGUACUCAGUCAUGGAGCACCUUCCACUGUAACUGCUCCAACAGUGGCUACAGAGGAGCCACCUGCCAUAGCUCAACAUACGAACAGUCAUGUGAGGCAUACAAACACAAAGGCAACAGAUCAGGACAUUAUUACAUAGACGUGGAUGGCAGUGGACCAAUCAGACCCCAGCUCAUCUACUGUAACAUGACAGAGGACAGGGCAUGGAUGGUGAUCCAGCACAAUAACACGGAAUUGACAACAGUGCAUCAGUCUGCAGAGAUAAACCAACAUUUAUCCCACUUUGACUACGCCUCUGAAGAGGAGCAGUUAGCAGCCGUCAUCAGCCAAUCAGAGCACUGUGAGCAGGAACUGUCCUACCACUGCAGGAAGUCCCGCCUCCUCAACACACCAGAGGGUGCUCCGUUCAGCUGGUGGGUGGGAGGACCGGGUCCAGGGCAGAUCCAGACGUACUGGGGCGGAGCUCUGCCAGGCAGCCGUCAAUGUGCCUGUGGUCUGCAGGACAGCUGUCUGGAUUCAAAUCACUACUGCAACUGUGAUGCUGACUACGACCAAUGGGCUAACGACUCAGGCCUGCUCACCCAUAAGGAGACCCUCCCAGUCAGGUCUCUGGUGCUGGGUGACAUCCAGCGGCCGGGGUCAGAGGCUGCCUACAGGGUGGGACCCCUGCGUUGUCAUGGAGACAAGAACUUCUGGAACGCUGCGUUUUUCGACAAGGAGACAUCUUACCUUCACUUCCCCACCUUCCAUGGAGAGCUAAAUGCCGACAUCUCCUUCCUGUUCAAAACACCGUCCUCCUCUGGGGUCUUCCUGGAAAAUCUGGGCAUCAAGGACUUCAUCAGGAUCGAACUCAGGUCCUCCUCAGAGGUCGUCUUCUCUUUUGACGUGGGAAACGGGCCGCUGGAGGUGAGAGUGGAGACGAGCGUCCCGCUGAACGACAACCGGUGGCACAGCGUACGGGCCGAGCGAAAUGUGAAGGAGGCAUUGCUGCGUGUUGACGAAUUCCCUGCUGCCACGCAGGAGGCUCCUGCUGAUGGACACAUCCAUCUGCAGCUCAACAGCCAGUUAUUCAUAGGAGGAACUGCGUCCAGACAGAAAGGCUUUUUGGGCUGCAUUCGCUCUCUGCAGCUGAACGGCGUCACUCUGGACCUGGAAGAGAGGGCCAAGAUCACCCCAGGGGUCCGACCUGGAUGCCCGGGCCACUGCAGCAGCUACGGCUCGCUUUGCCAGAACCAGGGUCGCUGUGUGGAGAGAGCCAGUGGUUUCUCCUGCGACUGUGGCCAGUCUGCCUACACUGGAUCCUUUUGUCAUAAAGAGGUUUCAGCCAGCUUUAAGUCGACAACGUCCAUCAUCUACAUCCUUAAGGAGCCCUAUGAACUGAGCAGGAACAGCAGUGCCAUGCCUUCCUCCAUCUACUCUGAUAUGACGCUGAGAGGAGAAAAUAUCUCCCUGAGCUUCAGGACCAGUCAGAGUCCUGCUCUGCUGCUCUACAUCAACUCUUUCUACAGGGAAUACCUUGCCCUGCUCAUCAACGAACAUGAUGAGCUGGAAUUAAGGUACAAGUUGCACAGCAGCAGAGACGUGGAGGUGCUGUGGAGCAGAGUCACAAACUUGGCUGAUGGACGUCUGCACACAGUGACCGUCAGAAGGCUGGCAGACUCUGUCUCUGUUCAGAUUGACCAGGAUGCCAGAGAGGACUUCAACUUGACAUCGGAUGUGGAAUUUAACAGCAUCAAAUCGCUAAUUCUGGGCAGAGUGCAGGAGUCUAAUGAGUUGGAUGCAGAGCUGGCCGGGUUGGCCUCUCUUGGGUUCACCGGCUGUCUGUCAGGUGUUCGCUUUAACUCCAUCAGUCCUCUGAAAGCUGCUCUGCUGCACCCUGACAGCCCUGUUAUUGUCACCGGCCCAUUGGCCCAGUCGAGCUGUGGUUCAUCCUCUCCAGCCAAUCCCUACGCGGCAGAAACCACACACUCCUUAUCAGACCAACCCGGUUCAGUGGAUCCAGGUCAACCUUUAGUCAACGCCAUGAGGAGUGACUCAGCUCUAAUCGGAGGGGUGAUUGCCGUGGUGAUCUUCGUCACUGUGUCUGCGUUGGCGAUAAUGGCCAGAGUCAUCUGCAGCAGGAAAGAGACGUAUAGAAACCAGGAAGUCAAAGCAGCUCAGCCUGAAGACAGCCACGAGUUCCCCUUCAGCAGCCCAGCGGACUGUCAGAGUGCUCCCGGCGAAAACCAAAAGGAGUAUUUCAUUUAGCAGGAGCCCUGACCUCCCACUGACCUGACAGGACAGAGCGGGAGGAUUUACCAAGAGCUCGGUGCUUUACUAAACACACAGAGCCCUUCAGCCAAUGGUACCAGUGACUCAACAAGAUGUGAAAUCAGAAACAGAACAAUUUAUGAUUUUAUUUAUUUCCUUUCUGCUGUCAUUUUGAGAAUGUAAAUAUUUAAAAAUGUAAAUGGUUAUUUGUGUGCUUAUAACAAUAUUUCUCUGCCAUAUUGAAAUGUUUAAAAUAAUUUAUUAAAAAGGAAACGUGCAGAAUAGAUGUGAUGAUCAAAAGCAACUUUGUUCGAGUUAAACUAGACUUUUGGACUUGAUGUUAAUUUUUAAAAAGCACUUUUUUCUACAAGGAUGAUAAACCUUCUGUGAAAUGUGAGAUGUAAGAGUCAUACACAGUGCACUGUAUGUAUAUGGGAAGGCUAAUUCAACCAACUGGAAGACUGGCAUGCGUGUUUCACAUUAAGAGCUCAGUCAUAGCACAGUCCCAGAAUCAACUAAAAUCCAUCUGUUAUUUAACUCAACUCAACAUAAUUUCAACACCUGCUGUAUAUAUGAAUACAAAA